AUGAUCUUGCAUCAAUUGAGUCAAAAUCUGAAGGGUAAAAUUGGUGGAACUUUCUCCCUCAGCGGCGUCCAGAGGAGUCAUAGAGCAGUGCCAGGGAGUGCCAUGGACCAGGUGGAGAGUUCCAAGAAGGCAGCUGCCUAUAAGGCAGUUGACAACCACGUCAAGGAUGCUUACCGAGUUGGGAUUGGCAGUGGGUCCACUGUUGUUUAUGCAGUUGAAAGACUUGCUCAGCGCGUGCACAAAGAAGGACUGAAGGUGCUGUGUAUUCCUACAUCUUUCCAAGCUCGGCAGUUAAUAAUUAAUCAUGAUCUGGAACUUUCAGAUCUUGAGAUCACACCUCAGCUGGACGUGGCCAUUGAUGGUGCCGAUGAAGCAGAUGCUAAAUUAACCCUCAUCAAGGGCGGUGGAGGAUGCCACUUGCAGGAAAAAAUUGUUGCUGCAGCGGCCAAACUUUUUAUAGUUGUUGCAGAUUACAGGAAAGACUCAACAGCCCUUGGUGAACAGUGGACAAAAGGGAUUCCAAUUGAGGUUGUUCCAAUGGCAUAUCGUACUGUUCAGUUGAAAAUUGAGUUGGAGCUCGGCGGAAAAGCUGUAUUAAGACAAGCUAAAGCCAAAGCAGGUCCGGUUGUGACAGACAAUGGUAACUUUAUUGUGGACUGGGUUUUUGAUCGCACAUAUGAUUGGCAGAAAGUUAAUCAGCAGAUUAAGAUGAUUCCAGGUGUUGUGGAAACAGGUUUGUUUGUUGGAAUGGCCAAGAUUGCUUACUUUGGAAUGGAAGAUGGCUCUGUGAAGGAACGAGAAGUGUGAAACUUGCCUCAGGCUUUUGUUGAGUCUAAUGCAGUCUUCAUUUAAUGGUUAUAUUAGCUCAUUCUUUAUUAAUAUCUUGAUCUCAUUAAGCUUAUUUUUUCUUCAGUUUAAAUACACAUAUCAUUGUAUGUACAUUUGUAAUGUAUUAUGCUAAAGAAUGCUCUAAACCUGUUUUGAAUUUAGAUACAUUUUAUUGGGUACAUGUGAUUUACAUGUAGAUGAUUUUGUCAUUUCAAGGCCUAGGUUGUAUUGAGGAAAAAAAUAUUGAGAUGUAGUAAUUUAGAAAUAUAGGUCAACAAAGUUGAGUAAAAAGAAAACAAAGCAAAUACUAAAGCAAAAUAUAUUAGUAUGAGUUUUAAGAGAAUGGAUGAUUUAUAGACAAACUUUAUGAGGAAAAGGUAUACUGAAGAGUUAAAACAUACACAGGAUACAGAAAUCAUAAAUGACAAACCUGGACAUAAUGAGAAAUAAAGUAAUUCUGGGUAAGUAAGGUAAAGAUAAAGGAAGUAUAUACAGUAAAUUAAAGUUAUGUAAGAGUUAUGCAAGUGUGAUUUGAUGCGUGUAAUGCCAGGGGUUAUGGGAGAUGAAUGGCUAAUAAUUUUUUUUAACACCGGCUGUCUCCCACCAAGGUAGGGUGACCCGAAAAAGGAAGAAAUGCUUUCACUAUCACUCCAUCACUGUCUUGCCAGAUGUGCACUGAUACUAUAGCUGCCCCUCCAAACUGGCUUAUUAUUGUGUAAAAAUAGCUGUAGCGUGAAAGACAAAGAUAAUACUAAUAAUGCUGAGACUAUAAUAAAGCUCGUCAAGAAAAUGCAGAGAGCAUAGGUUUUUAAUACAUAACCAAACAUGUUACAGAGCUAGGGUAAAUAGGAAUGAAACCAUCUGAGGGUAACCAAACAUGUUGCAGAGCUCAGGUAAGCAGGAAUGAUAACAUGCAAGGGUAAUCAGUCAUGUUAGAGCUAAGGUAAAUAGGAAUGAAAUCAUCCGAGGGUAACCAAACUUGUUACAAAGCUCAGGUAAGUAGGAAUGAUAGCAACCAAGGGUAACCAAUCAUGUUAGAGCUAAGGUAAAUAGGAAUAACAACAUCCAAGGGUCACACUUAUCAGUGUCAGAUACAGCACAUAGUUAAUUUGAGAAAUAAAUCAGAGGGCUUUAGUAACACUGUUACUGUACAACCCUUGUAGGUUAAGCACUUUUUGUUUAUAAUAAUAAUAAUAAUCAUAAUAGCACUUUCUGUUGUAUGUUGGGUAAAACUGGGCAAAAACUGAAUAAAAUAAAGCUUUAAAUAUGCUGAAGGUAUAUAUAAGGUAAUUUUUUUUCAUAAAGUAGGAUCUGAAAAAGUGUAACAUUGAAUAUUUAGCCGCUAAUUAGAGUAAUGAGAAAUGAAGCAACAAAGAUAAAAAUAAAGAUUGGCAAUCAAGAUAAAUUCAUACAACAAAUUGUUUAAGGAUUGUACAGGUGAAUACAAAGCACUGUAAUGUCUUCAAAUUAUGAGCAUACUAAAACUAGAACAGGAAUAAAAUAGUAUUUCAGAUUGGACAAAAUAAUUUCAGUAAAAGAUAGUAAGAUAUUGUUUGGAAAAAACUACUAGAGAAAAUUGGAAAAAAUGCAUAUGAUAUGCAUAACAAUAGCCUUUUUGACAAGCUCAAAAAUGCAGAAUUUUUUUUGCAUCUCAGAUCUGAACUUGAAUUGAAAAUCUUAUCCUUUUUUUUUUUUUUUCAAUGAACCUGUUGCAUCUCGCCAUCAUAUACUGUACGGUAUUUUUUUUGUUCACCACACUGGAAGGGUGAUCCCAAAAAGAAGAAAACUUUGAAGUUUUUCUUCUUUUUACAUUUAGUAAUUUAUACAGGGGUUAUACAGUAUAAGCCACUUUUCAAUAGUAAUUAUGUAGAAAUGGAAAGAUAGAUAAUUAUAAUUAAUGGGUGGAAACAUUUUCCAUAGUUGAGAUAUUUUAUUCUCAUUUAAGAUUACUGACAGUGUUAUUAAACAUAUUCUGUUUCUUCUCCAAUUCCAUGGUUUUCCAAUACAUUUUCUUUUGUUGUAUUUAUGCAGUAUUAUUAAUUUAGUAAGUUGUUAUAACUUUCAAAGGUUUAAUUACAGUACCAAUAAAAAUUCAUGUUUUUUUGA